UGGAAAAUUGAUGGUUUUCAGUAUUUAUGGCUUGCAUUUUAUUCGCCUUUUUUAACCAACAAUUAUAUUUUAAAGUAGUCAAAAAGUUGCGCAAGACUUAAAGUACAUUUUGAUAUAUAUUUAUAGUGUUUUAUGUAUUAUAAACGGCCUGAAUCAAGACUGUAAAUGAGGCCAAAUUGCUGGACUAAUUUUGGAUAAAGCGAUGAGAAUGAAAACAAAAAUGGCGGACGAGGACACACAAGCCCCAAUUGUGAAUGAAAUUUACAAAGAUAUUCCAACGUUAAAUUCUGCUAGUGAAGCAGAAGGAGCGAUUAAACUUUGACCACUAAGCACAUUUUAUAUUUUUGUAAUACACUGACAUAAAAUGCCAGACUAAAACUGGAUAUUUUUUUAAAGAGAAGUCAAUCGUUUUUAUUUGGAUGUCAAAACCGUAAAUGGAUAAAAGGGCUAGUUCUUCAAUGACAAGUGUGAAAAGUUUUGUGACUGUCAUUGAAGUCGAAGGAUAUUUCACUACAAACUGUUAUUUAUUGAAUGGUAUAGACAUUAAAUUUUAUUGGAUCGAUGGAUCCAUAUAGAUUGAGUAACUGGCGCAGGAACAAUGAGAGGGUGGAACGGCCCCAGUCAUUGUUACCACCUCAAACAACCCCAGUUUGGACGGCAGUAUUUGAUUAUGCUGCCACGAAAGAGGAUGAAUUGACGAUAAAACAGGGGGAGGAGGUGCGGAUUCUAUCCACAGAUGAGUCCAUAUCAGGCAAUGAUGGAUGGUGGACGGGUAGCGUGGGGUCAAAAGUCGGCAUUUUCCCCAGUAACUUUGUCACAAAGGACGUUAAUGUUCUUCCUCCUAGUAGCGAUUCCAAACGACCAUUUGAAAUUGAUUUUCAGGAAUUAAUCUUAAAUGAAGUGAUUGGUGUGGGUGGCUUCGGGAAGGUUUAUCGGGGAAUGUGGAGGAAAAAGACUGUGGCCAUUAAAGUCGCCCGACAAGAUUCUGAUCCCGAGAAGCCAGGCAGUGCUUUGGAGAACAUUCGUCAAGAAGCAAAAUUAUUUUGGCUUCUAGAUCACCCCAAUAUAUCAAAUUUAGUGGGUGUUUGUCUCAAGGAGCCAGACUUAUGUCUAGUGAUGGAAUACGCUGCAGGUGGAUCACUGAAUAGAAUUUUAGGGGCACAGCGAAUACCUCCGGAUAUUUUGGUUGAUUGGGCAAUACAGAUAGCAAGGGGAAUGCAUUAUCUACAUGAAGAGGCACCAUUGCCAUUGGUUCAUCGAGAUUUAAAAUCUAGUAACAUUUUAUUGAAGGAAUCGAUAGAAAAUAGUGAUUUGUCAAGGAAGACUUUGAAGAUCACAGAUUUUGGUCUGGCUCGAGAAGUACAGAAAACAACGAGAAUGAGUCAAGCUGGGACAUACGCAUGGAUGGCACCAGAAGUUAUCAAGUUCUCUAAAUAUUCAAAAACUAGUGAUAUAUGGAGUUAUGGUGUUGUAUUAUGGGAAUUAUUAACAGGAGAAACUCCAUAUAAGGGUAUAGAUACGUUAGGGGUCGCCUAUGGUGUUGCUGUCAAUAAGUUAAAAUUACCUGUACCAUCAACGUGUCCAGCUCCUUUUUCUCAACUUAUGUCAGACUGCUGGUCCCAGGAACCACAUGAAAGACCAACAUUUAGCGAGAUAUUAGAGACACUGAAAGAAAUUGCUAACUCAUCAUUCAUGGCGUAUCCACAAGAAUCUUUCCACACACUACAAGAAGACUGGAAGCUGGAGAUAGAGGCUAUGUUUGAAGAACUACGAAGCUGUGAAAAGGAGUUGAGAUGUCGAGAAGAAGAAAUAACAGAAAAUCCAUGAAGCAUCGCUACGGAAACGUGAACAAGAUUUAACUGAACGAGAAUUAGAGGUUUUAGGAAGGGAAUUAAGCUGACAGUUCUCGCUAUAGUAGUUAAAAUAUAGAUAAUGAAAACAGAAUAUGCUAUUCAAUUUUAGGUGAGCCUUGAUCAUCAUUAUUGAUGUUGGUAUGAUAAUAAACAAAGUCUUGAUUAUUCA